AUGUCGAGUAGAAGCAUACAGAAUUACAUCAGCUCUCCCCUACGAAUGCGCGGAGGAUUCAUGCGGAAAAAACUGUACGAAAAUUCGAUGCUAAGGAAAUCUUCUUCCGGAGAAGAAAUAAAGGUGUACAUUAUAACAGACUCUUCGAAGUCAAAGAAGGUGAAAAGAAGCGAUGACUUGGAUUUAAUAAGAAAUUUGUUUGACGAAAAUGGUAUGGUGUAUUUAACGAAACCAAAAGACCGUAGUGAAGAUGGAUUUGAGUUGAACGAAAUUCUCGCCAAGAAAACCAGAAGAAAUUUUGCAGUUGAACCCUAUGAAAAUAAAUACACCAACUACGAAUUUAACAGACUACUAAGAAAAUUAAACGACGAUGAAAGCUACAGAAAUGUGAUUGUUCAGUAG